GCACUGCAAACUCAAGAUCAGUCAUAGAUUGAACGCAAAACAGUUCGGAUUGAUUUUUGCUCCAAAGAAUUGUGUUGAUAAUGAGACGAUCAUUGGUCGCUGUGGUUGUGAUUUUAUACCUUGGGUGUAGUACAGGCUCUCCACUGCUCGACUGGGGAAAACAGGAUGGAAGCAGUUUGCUUGGCAAAGUGUCCACGCUGAAACAAACCGUGUACGAGAAGAAGCGUGAGUUUUUGAACGGUAUCAACGAGAAGGUUUCCAAAAUGCUUUGGAUUCCACCCUGGUCUACGACGGAGGAAACUCCCGUCAGUGCACAGCCGCAGCAUGAUCCCGUCUCCGAGAUACCGAGUAUCUGGUGGUGGCAAACUACGGAGCAACCACCAAGUAGCACUACUACGACGGAGCAACCUUUAAGUGAUCCCAUUAUUAUAGAUCUUCCUACCUACGUUCCGAUAGUGCCCACCACAAAUGCUCCAUCAACAACAUCGACGGUAAGAAAUCUUUCAAACAACGAUCGUCUUGUGUUCACCGUGGCCGAUACGAACGAGCUAGAACUACCUAAUGUUUACAUGUACGCACGAAGCGGUUUCAUUCCUCCGGAACUUCGUCUAACAGAUUCGAUGGAAUACGUCGGUCCCGUCGUAGGUGGGGGUCCCCCAGUGCAAAACAAUCUAACGAGACGGCUUAUUAUGGUUUAGGGAUGUAAGAUCUAGCUUCUUAAGAAUAAACCACACACUUUAUUCA